AGCCACUACAUCCCUGUCGGUCUCCGAUUCGAACUUAUCGUUAGACUGCGACUAUUCGUGCUGCGUCGGGUGUUGCGGUGAGAGGUACGUACUUCAAACUGGAUCUGUCGUGUCCGUAUAUAAAGAGAGCGGCUGCUCUGCUAGAAGGAGCCAUUGAUCAACUUCGAAACUCACCUACAACUCUAUCCUGAUCCUUCUCAACGAAAAUAUCAAUCUCAGAGAGCUAUCAUCUAGCAACACUUGCUUGACCUCAGGACCAUCACCAUCACAAUCACCAUCACCAUCACCAUCACCAUCACCCUCACCUCGCCAUCACACUCACAUUCACAUUCACCAUCAUGCCUCAUCUUCCCUUCUCUACAUCUCCUUCGUCUCUUCCCAAGACAUCCCCUAGCCCGCCCUCGAUAGUUCUCGUUCCGGCAUCGGGCGCUUCAUCAAAAAAGGAGCUGUACAAGUCUACCGACAACAUGGCGUCGGCAUAUCGAACACGCUACGCUCAAUAUCUUGCAGCAACCUUCAACAUGAGCCUCGAGGCUGCGUUGGCGGAAGCAGAUACACAGCUUGCCCCUCGUCGUUCAUCAGACGUCUCUGAAGCCGAGGCGCACAGGGAGAGCUGAUAGAGGGGCCGGCCGUUGGGCGCUACGAUUUCACGAGAAACAUAAGGGUCGGAAAAAACAGCAUCAUAAGGGUCAUUUGGCGCUUCUGGAUGUAAUGAAUUUAAAAUUGUUCUCGG